UGGCUUGUCCCAUUGCCCCCUCCAGGUUAUCCAGACACCAGAACCCUUCGUCCUGCUGACCUCCUGAAGGACAGGAACCAUGGUUUCCAAACGUGUCUUCAUCUGCAGCCUGGGCUCCGUCUAUUUAUCCCUCCUCUUCGUCUUUUUGCUCAUGGAUGUCUACGCCCGGCCCGCCAACAGCUCCGUCCUCAAAGAGAAAAUGGCCGACAACAAAGACGAUAACGAGAUCCUCCCUCCGGACCACCUGAACGGAGUCAAGAUGGAGCUGGAUGGACAUCUCAACAAAGAGUUCCACCAGGAGGUUUUCCUGGGGAAAGAGAUGGAGGAGUUUGAGGAAGAUUCGGAGCCGCGGAGAAACCGAAAGAAGCUGGUGGUGAUUUUCUCAAAGUGCCACGUGUCCUGGGAUGAAUAUAAAAUCAAGUUCCUGGCAAGCAAAGGCAUGAACGAGAAGGAAGUGGCGGACAAGAUUAAGAACAACGAAGAGCUGAAGAUCGACGAAGAGAAUCAGGAUGGCGAUAAGAAGCUGACCCUUUCGGAAUUCAUCUCCUUGCCGGUUGGCACGGUUGAAAAUCAGCAAGCCCAGGAUGUGGACGACGACUGGGUGAAAGACCGAAAGAAAGAGUUCGAAGACGUCAUUGACGCCGACCGUAACGGCAUCGUUACCAUGGAAGAGUUGGAGGAGUACAUGGAUCCCAUGAACGAGUACAACGCCUUGAAUGAAGCCAAGCAGAUGAUCGCUGUGGCGGAUGAGAACCAAAAUCACCACCUGGAGCUGGAAGAGAUCUUAAAAUACAGUGAGUACUUCACCGGCAGCAAGCUGAUGGAUUACGCGCGGAACGUCCACGAGGAAUUCUGAAGACAUGUUUGGAGAUCUUGGGCGCCCGUCGUCGCGCCGCCUCGUUUUCCCCAAACAUGACAUGCGUUUCCUUUUGCCGCUGGGCCUGUGUUCUGUGCAUAUACCGUGUGGUGGUGUCCUGGACUAUUUUCCGUUCAAAAGUCCCUCCGUGUACAUUAAAAAGCCAAAUGUGUUUUUUUCUGAACUCACCGGGAGAGAAUCCGGACACAGUGUUGAUUGACGGUGCCACAAAUCGAACAGCGUUGAAGAUCCGAUGAUCCGGGAAACACCACAGGGGGCAACCUGAUCCUCGAUCACCGGGGGAGGGAGGGAGGGAGGAAGGGGAUAUGUUAAUUUUACAUCAAGUGAAAUCAUGGUGCAAUUGUGUAAACUCUUGUGAUUGCUUCGGAAGAAUGUUCUGGAAAACAUUGAUUCACUGGAAACUG